UUGUGUUGUACGGAAGUCCCCUUGGAAUAUGAAUCAUGUAGUGAUUUGGUAGAGAUGAGCUGCAGGCAGUGAAACCUUCCCAGUUUGGUGUUUGUCGUACCUGAAAUGCAACAUGACGAGGGACCUGUUCCUGGUACUGCUGCUUAUUUGUCUUCCAAAAUGCAUUCAAGGUAAACAUUUGCUUCGCUUUUUGACCUUUUGUCAAAAGGAUGUGGCGGGUGAUGGCCAGUAUGACAUUGAAUAUGAUAGUGAUCAGCUCCUCUAUGUUGAUCCUAUCACCUAUCGGGCAGUUCCACGCCUCCCCGAGUUUGCAGAGCAGUGGAUCCCAGACCCUGGACUGGCCAAAGACACAUAUGUGUCCCUGGGUACCUGCAAGUACAAUAUCCCACGUGCCAUAAAAGGAGAAAAUAGUCCUCCAGAGGCCAUAGUUAUUCCUACCUCCCUGAUCUACCCAAAACAGGACAUGGAGAUUGGAGUUCCCAACACCCUUAUCUGCUUUGUCAACGACUUCCAUCCGCCUGUAGUUGACAUCACCUGGACCAGAAAUGGGCAGUUUGUGGACCAGAGUGAAGUCAGCCAAACUCAGUACUACUCCAACAGCGACUUCAGCUUCCGGACAUCAUCAUACUUGAAUUUCACGCCGCAGGAGAACGACAUCUACUCCUGCAGUGUGGGCCACAUCAGCCUGCAGGCGCCUCUCACCAGAUUCUGGGCUUCUUUCAACAUCUUGGAGCAUACUACAUUCAUCUUGAAGGAAACAAUUUGAUAGGUUCACAAACCAUCACGCCUUUCACCUCACCUGACCUGUAAGGUUGAAGUACACACAGACCACCAGACUGUAGCGACAGCAGUGUGUGUUUGUGGUGUAAUCCUGGGGCUGAUUGGAGUUGUCACAGGACUCUGGUUCAUCAUGAAAGCCAACAAGUACCACUGGGUUUAACACAUCAAGACAAACACCUGAAAUUCGAUGUCAGAUGUGCAACAUAAAAAAAAUGAAAAUUUAGAGGCGUUACCCAUCUAUUGCAAUAUUGUAGCACAGCAUUGGGCUUGUUUGUCAUGUGCACAUAAAGGAUGGAGGAGGGAAGUUGAAAAUGUCUGUUUCUGUUUUUUAUACCACAUGUGAAAGUACACACGAAAGACACUGAAAUAAAGAGAACAAAUCCAUGA